UAAGUCAAAACCAGAUCGGAAGCAAGGUGCACAAACAGAACAGUCCUUCGGUGAGCAAGGAGGUUCUCGGGAACACACGUAUCACAAGUGACAAGAUGCAGGCACUGAUUCCGUUGAUCGCAGGCUUGAGCCUGGUCUCUGGCGCGCAGUUCAAUCUGCUACCGUACGCGUACCUGUCGAGCCCGCUUCCGGUUUACAAUCAGUACCAGAACACGAGGACAGGCGAGCACGCUUACAGUUACGCUGGCGGGCCGUCUGCGAAGGAGGAGAUCAAAGGGGCCGACGGGGUCGUCCGCGGCUCUUACAGCUACGUGGACGCGAACGGUAUCCUGCAAUCGGUGUUCUACGUGGCGGACAACUACGGUUUCCGCGUGGCCGCGACGGAUCUGCCCUCGGACGACAACUUGAGCCUGGAGCCCGAGGCUACCCACGUGCUGCUGGCGCGAAGCGUGAAACCUGACGAACAACAGAAGACCGAGGAACAAGAGAAACCGAGCCGCAGGAAGCGCAGCCUGGACCUGGCCAACGAGAACCAGAGCGAGCAGACCGAGAACGCUGCGGGCGUGAAGUUGCUCUUGUCGGAACCAGCUGUUGGGGUACCGCUGUCGACGUCUCAUCAGAGCCAGGUGCAGAUCAACAAAGACAUCAAGAUCCAGCCGGGUCUGGUCCCGCAGGCCCAGCUGAGGCUGGAGCCGUUGAUCCUGCAGAGCGAGAUUCCUCUGGCGACCUCGCAGCAGAGUCAAGUUCAAGUGCAGAACAGCGCGAGCGUGAAGCUGUCAGGUGCCGAGGACGCCGGCAAGGACAAGCCAAUCGAUUUUCUGCGCCUGCCGGUGAUCCUGCAGGCCCCGACCCGGUUCGAUAGCCUGCCGGUGCUGACCACUUUGCCCUCUUAUCACGAGAACCGCAUCGAGCUUCACAAGCAGCUCGGCAUCGAGGGAGCAAAGCUGAAGGACGCGGUUAAGAUCAGCCAGGAGCCGAUCGCGCUCGUUCAAUCGCCUUCCGUGUCGGUCCCAGUGCUGACCAAGCAGGCUGUCCCGGUUCUGCCGAUCGCCGGGGAGACCCUUCUGCCAGCCACGUCCACCGUGACGACGUCCAUCUCGAGUCAUGGUGUCAGCCAGACUCAUCCUUCCACGAAGAUCUACCAGCCUUUAGCCGUCCCCACCGUGCCUCUGUUAGAACAGAAGACGGUUCCAGUGGUCCCACUUCUCAAAGAGGCUGUCCCAGCUACGAAACUAGCUACCGCCACCGUCACCGCGUCUGUUAGCAGUCACGGGGUCACUCAGAUCCACGGGGACUCGAAGGUGAACGUCGCGCCAACACUGUUGCUCAAGACCGCGCCUCUAGCGCAGCUCCAUCCCGCCGUCGAUCUACCUGUCUACCUUUAUUAAGCACUCGAUCCGGCUCCGUUCAGAGCUGGAGGACACAAAAUGGCAGCGUACAUUUGGGAAACGAGACGAUACACGAGAGACGAGUGCAGCAGAGAUCGGACCGCGUCGCGACCUUUCGCCGGACAGGCUAGAAAAGGGAUCCGCGUUCCCCGGCCGAGAGCCGACCGUAACGAUGAUUCCUUUUCAUGGUGUUAUCCUCUUUGGGAUCGGUCGCCUGCAUUUGCGAACGGACGGCGAGACUGUCGCCGGAUGAUUGAUCGAGGAUAGAUUCGUCCGGCGGAUAGCUCUCACCCUCCUUUCGGGAACGUCAUUUCUUUCUUCAUCGCCUCCUCAUUUUCAGCAUCCGGAAUCGCUUGAUCGACACUCUGUUAAAUUAUUGUUCAUGAUUCACUUGAAAAUAAAAUGACUUGUGUGUGUGA